UUGCUUAGUACUACAGUUGAACUCAAAUAGUUGACAUCUACAGCAAAAGUUUAGAAAAAUGUUUAAAAUUUUAUAUACUUUUAUAUUUGUGAUCUAUUUACUAGAGAUUGGAACAGCAUAUUCUGCAACAAAAUAUAAAAGUACGAAAACACCCACUGUCGAUAUUUCAUACUACCAAAAAAAUCCCACAAACUGUUAUGAAGCAACAGGCAAUACAGGAAAAAGUGGUGUUUAUACGCUUGACAUAGAGGGCAAAUCCUUUCUAGCUUACUGUGAGGCAGAUAUCAACGGCGGUGGCUGGCUUGUGAUACAGCGUAGACAAGAUGGCACAGUAGAUUUUAAUCGUAAUUGGACAGAUUAUCAAUCGGGUUUUGGGAAUAUUAACGGCGAAUUUUUCUUUGGUCUUAAUAAGUUACAUACAUUAACUAAUAAAACCGCACAUGAGCUCAUGAUUGUCACGCGACUAUUUGACUCCACUGUACUCGAUGGAAAAUAUGACUACUUUUUAGUUGGAAGUGAGACUGAAGGAUACAGCUUGAAAAAACUUGGUUUUCCUUCCGGAAUUAUUACAUUUUCUCUAGGGUGGAAUGAAGGCUUGAAAUUUUGGACUAAAGAUAGAUAUAAUAAUUCUUUAUGCAAUAAAAAUUUAACUGAAGCUAUAAGUGGAGGUUGGUGGACUAAUUGUUUGGACCAUAGGGAUUUUUAUGUAAAAGAAGCGUUCUUACUGCCUCCCAUUAUGUCAUUUUACGACUUCGCCAAUACUAACUUAAAUGGCAUUUACAAUCGUGAAGACAACACAAACGAGGAUCUAUCAAUCGGGGUUGACAGAAACAUGACAAUAAAAUUUGUGCAGAUGAUGAUCCGUCCCACUGGAUUUUAAUCAACAACUGUGACUUUUUGUAAUACUAAUUUGUAAUAAAAAAAUUCUAAUUAAUUAAAAAUUUUAAUAAAUAUGAAUAAA